CAGGACCGAACUCUUGAGAGCAUUGAGUGACUAUUGAAUGUAAGCUUCCUUCCUCAUACUAAUGAGAUAGAUCUUCAGGACACCAGGCCAUGAACUCGAAGCCUAUCUGAAUUCAAACUAUGGACCAGGCAAUCCCGUGUACGAAGACCUAUGCGAUCUGACUUGAAAAGGCCUCACAGAAGGCUGGGUCGCUAACUUCGAACUCGAUGGAGCCAAGUAUCGUCGGUCCAAGAUCCUUCUCCCAAGUGCAGAGAAUAGGUGGGUUCUUCUCCAUCACCACCGUAUAUAUAGAGAGUGAGGAGGAAGUAUAAAAUGCCUAAAUGAAGUCGACCAUGAUCAUACGCUAACAAUCAUGCAGUACUCGGGUCAAUAUCGCUCUCAUCCUUACGGCGAGAUCAACCGUGUAGUGCAAGUCGACUCCGCUGCCGAAUUGAAUGGUAUGCAAGGUUGGCAGGGCGCUGGGUGGACAUCACUUGGACCCGUACGCAUCACUACCCUGAAGUACGUAAGGGUGCUUUGAUCGCAUUAUUCUUCUUGCCGGCAGGUAGAAUCAGUUAUAAGGCAAAGCCGGGCGAUCAACAACCCGCUAGUGUUUAAGUA